CCAAGGUGUCCAGUUGGAAAAGCCAUUUUCACUAUUCACAGUCACGGGUUUUUAUUCGCAGAACAAGCAAAGAAUGAGAUUUUAUAAAAGAUGGAAGCUGAGGUGAAGUCUGACAGUUCCAAGGGUGCAGACCCUGUUGAUCCUGCAGAGACCAAACAGGAAGAGUUGUCAUCACUUCGGGAACAUGAGCCCCUGGAGGAGUUGGUGUCACACAUUCCAAGGAAGGCCCAGAAGGGAAUGCUUAUCCAGUGUGAUCUGGUCCUUACCUGUAUAGAUGCUAAUGAGGACUAUAUUGUACUGGGCUGUAAUAUUGGACUCGUGUUUGUGUUUGACCUGAAAAAAAGGACUAUAGAACACAAACUGAGGACAGAGUCCAACAAUGACACAAUUAGUGUUGUACAGCUACAUAAAGGAUUAGACAGUCAGGUUGCCAUGGGAACAAAUGGUGGUAUUGUUUAUAUUUUCCAGCUGCCAUCUUCAUUACCAGGACAGAAUAAACAGCUCCAACAGUUUGUGGUGCGGAAUCUUCACCACAGCAGUGUCACUAGUCUGUCCUGGAGUCUCAAUGGAAUGAAACUGUUCAGUGGUGACAAACGAGGUCUAGUAGUGUGUACAGAUGUUGACUUUUAUGAGAGGCGAUGCGGCUCAAGCGUUUCACUUGAGGAGAAACAGUCGGAGAUUGUACAGCUCCACCAUGCACAUAAGUCUCUGCUUGUCUCCACAAUUCACCGCUCCUUCGUCUAUAUGCCGAAUCUCACAGACAACAAUCUCGUACAAGUCGGCAAAAAGGACAGGAAGAUACUUGGUAGCUAUGGAGCUUGUUUCAUCCCUGGUCUGUGUAAGCCAGAAGAUGCACAACUGUAUGCAGCUCGUCCUGGUCUGCGUAUUUGGAAAGCUGGUAUUGAUGGAGUCGUCUUGAACACUAACUUGUUUAAGGACUUGUUGUCUCAGACUCAUCGGAGCAUUCCCAUAAUUCCAUAUGAGGGCCAAACUCGAACACAGCUCAAGUCAUCUGACCAGCAGUUUGGGAAACUUCUCCUUUACCAAGACAAGUACUUGGUGACAUGGUCCAGUAGCCAUCUGUAUCUGCUCAACCCUGACAAUAACACUGUCGUAGCCAGUCAAGCACGACUUGGCAUCCUUGUAGGAGUUGCAGUAACCAAGGACGACAUCUUUAUUUUACGUAGAAAUACCAGCAGAAAUGUAGUAAGACUGGGUUUAAAGCCUCUAGCCAAACAAGAGAGUGUAUAUGAGCGUCUUGUAAGAGAAAGACAGCUGGCAGCUGAUGCAGUGAGGAAUAAAAAACACCAGCAAGGCACUACAGACAAUACUAGAGAUCCAGAUGUCCGACCUAAAUCUGACAAGCCGUCCAAGUCUCCGCUCAGGUUCCUACAGGAGAACGUCCUGGACAAGUUAAAGGUACUGGACAAAGUGACAGGGGCAGAUAACCCUGUAUCUCAUCUUGUCUCCUCAAUGGACCGAUUUGGACAUGAUGACGAGGUUGAAGGAGGACACACACAAGAAAUCGAUAGAUCACAAAUCGUAAAGUCAAAUGAUAGUCCCAGUAAAACAUUACCGCCUGUGGUGGAAUUAAAUUCUCCUGACCUUCUCACUAUUGAAAUAUUUUCAGGCAUUCCUCCAAAAACAGAAAAUGUCUCUCAAGAAAAACCUUAUACGUAUAAAUCUAGCCCAUAUACAGGUAGGUUUAAUCCAUUUUUAAGUGACCCUAUGUCUGAUACUGAAGCAGAAGAGAUAUGUACAGAUUCGAUCAGAACUGAGGGAGAUACAAGUCUGAAAUACAAUGAGAAAGAUAUACAGGAUACUGUGUCACAGAGUAGUGAGGAUCAACUGGAGGAGCCGACAAGUCCACAACCAAAGUUCAUGAUAGAAAAACUGGACAAAGUUUUAAAAAACAAGAAUUCAACUGAUGAUAUCGUUUUCACUCCUAAACAUAAGAAAGGAAAGAAGAAGAAAAAACAGACAAAGGAAAAAGAUGGUGAAUCGGAAUCUCAGAGUAAAGACAUCGAGGUCACAACCCCUGUGAGUACAGAAAUCCACCCCGAGGAAAAAAUAGAGGAGGAAUCGCCAAGGUCUAUCAGUCCCGACAGUAAGUCAGAGGAUCCUAUUGGUGAACCACUCGAAAUGGACGAACCAGAGAACGUAGAUAAAUUCAGAGAAAUAUCUAAAGAGUUGGAGUCAUUCGAGAGAACUUUGACAGAUCUUCCUAGCCAAUCCAUGCAGACAGAGGUAAAAAAUGCUACAGAGGCUGAGAACAGUCAGGAAAAAGAGCACAAUGAGAGUGUGAAUGAAAGCACUACUGUUGGCAGAUUUGAAGCCGAGGCUAGUGCUUCAGGUAUUGAUAAGAAGAGCAUCAAUUCAAGAAUGAUUCAAGGAGCAGUGGUUACUGGAGACCAUUCUGUAAAAAGUUCACAGGAGAGUGGCCGCGGAGUAAGUUUGAUAUCAGAUAUGGAAAAUAUCCAAAGUGAAAAUAAUGAUACUGAACAACGAAAGGGUGAAUUUGUGAUUUCUCAAGGUGCUAAAAACAUACUAAUAAGCUCCACAGAUUCUUCGAGUGGAACUGUGACAUCCAGUUCAUUGCCAGACUCUUCUGGCGUAACUUUGACAGGUACAGUUCCAGAUUCCAGGGAAGUGCCCAUUACCGAAAGUCCUUUGGUUGUUGAGGAGUCAGAAGAGGAAGAUAGCAUCUACUCAAUGAAGAAAAAAGAAGAAAUCUCUCGGGAACCUGUUAAGGAUAAGAUGGAUGAUUUGAUGAACAAUACAAGACAAUACUUCUAUAAAACUCCAGAUGUGUCAGUUGAGGAUAUAUAUGGAAAAACAGGUGUUCUGACUCCCUCUCCGUCAGAGGCGGCGAAAAGUUUAACAGCAAAAGUGAAAGAUGGCAAGGAAGAAGUAACGAUACCAGACCCUAGUGAGAGCAUUCCAUUUUCCCUGAUCAACAAUUGGGGAGAAGCGACGACAGGCGGAAACUUAAACAGUCUCGCUAUCAGUCACAGUCAUGUAUGGGUGGCAGAUAAAAGUUGUAACGUAUACUUCUCAAGUCUACAAGGGGGCCGCCUAAAAUGGCAGAAGAUCAAGGAUUCUGGUCAUCAGAUUGCUGUUUCAAGGUCUGGGUAUAUCAUAUGGCGUCUCUACAAGAACACUGUGCACGCAGGGACGAAAAUCACACCCAGACAUCCAGAGGGCAUGAAGUGGGUUGAGGCUGUGCGGGAUAUAAUGUUUGUAGCUGUGGACAACAACUGUGCUUGGUACAUAAAGACCACUGGGGAGGUGAAGAUGCAGAGUGGACUGUCCAAAGAUCGGCCAUGUUUCAAGUCGCACAUCGUUCCAGGAGAGCAAUCGCUGAGGUUCAGACAAGUGGCGUGUCAGGACCAAGUUGUGUGGGGAGUGACAGAGGAGUGCAGACUGAUGUAUCGCCAAGGGGUCAGCGACCUCUGUCCAGCUGGCAAGACCUGGCAAAUGAAUGACCAUGUUGGAGAGGACACCCUCUUCUCCUAUGUGGCCUUUGGAGAUAAAGACAUAGGAUGGGGCAUAGAUCUACUGGGCAGGAUCUGGUUCAUCUCCGGGGUUACCAAGGAUACGCCCAUGGGCCAGGAAUGUUGGUGGCAGGUACCUGUCAGUGAAAUACUUGUUCAUGAUGAAACAGCUAUGGACGCAUUACGGUCACUAGCCAGGAAGUUUGACCCCCAGAAACUGGCCCAUCUUCUCAGUACUCAACGAGGAGGACUAAUCGCUGCAGGAGAGGGAGGCUUGUGGGUGUGUCCCGAGUUCAAAAAUACAUUACAGAUCUGUCGAGGCAGUAUAGAAGGUCACAGCUGGAGGGAGGUGAACAUGGCUGGAUUUACCUCCUCCAUUGCCUGGAAGAUCCUGUCAGCUUCUGUAUCCGACCAAAAACAUGGCCUGGUGUGGUGUGUACAGCCCAACGGUGAUGUGUUUACACUGUCGCCCUCCACUGGUUACACGAAGGGUGUGGAGAGUCCAUCUCCCCGCCACAGACUGGUCGGGAUCAGUGCAUGCCCAGAUGCUGUGUGGGGACUCGCAGAGAACGGAUUUGUCUUCAUACGAGGUGGGGUUAAACAAGAGUGUCCUCAGGGCACGGAGUGGAUCAAACUGGACUUACUUCAGCUGGGUGAUGUCCAUCUGAUGAGUGUGUCAUGUGGACACAUGAAUGUGUGGGCUUUAGACAGCGAUGGAGUAGUGUACCAGAGAAUCGGUGUGAAGGCCCCAUCCUCACACUCCCUAACACAGGCUUGGCUCCCUGUGGACUCCAGCUCCAGUGGGACUACCUUCUCCCAGAUCUGUAGUGGGCCCAAGGACUGGAUGGUGUGGGCAAUAGACAACCGUCGCCAGGUGUACACCAGGACAGGUAUCACAGACAGUAUGCCUAUUGGUACAAACUGGGUUCACGUGCCAGGCACACUCGCCCACCAGAUCACCAUCAGUGAGAGAAAUGUUUGGGCCCUGAAUCCAGCUGGUGAGAUCCUGUGUCGGUAUGGUGUCACGCCAGAGAAUCCUACAGGAGACUACUGGAGAAAAGUUCCAGGGAUGUUUAUAUACAUAUCUACAUCAUCAACCGAUGACAUAUGGGCCAUCAAUCAGGAUGGACACAUCUACAGACGAAGAACCAAGUUGUUAGUGCGUAAACGGUCAGGCAGCGACCCUCUCCUAGAAAGGCAUACGAGGCGUGGCACCAGUAGCUCUAGUGAUGAUGGUUGGGAACUCGUCUGAGUCAAUAAUGUUACUCCUAUGAUAGUUGGGAACUCGUCUGAGUCAAUACUGUUACUCCUGUGAUCGUUGGGAACUCGUCUGAGACAAAAUUGUUACUCCUGUGAUCGUUGGGAACUCGUCCGAGUCAAUAAUGUUACUCCUGUGAUGGUUGGUAACUCGUCCGAGUCAAUAAUGUUACUCCUGUGAUCGUUGGGAACUCGUCUGAGUCAAUGUUACUCCUGUGAUGGUUGGGAACUUGUCUGAGUCAAUAAUGUUACUCCUGUGAUGGUUAGGAACUUGUCUGAGUCAAUAAUGUUACUCCAGACCUGUGAUCCAUGGGAACAUGCCCGAGUCAAUAAUAUUUUUGUAUUCAUAUGAUGAUAGGCAACUCGUCACUAAUGUUGCUCCUGUUAAGAUAUCCUGUAACUUGUCCAAGUCAUUAUUGUAUGGAUGAGACUGUGAAGUGAUGACAUUCCUAUUUUCUGUAGAUACCGAAUUCCUAUCUUGUCCCAGCCCUUACUAGUUUCAGAAAUGGACAGAAGUGUUAAGAUUGUAUCAGAGCGAAUACAAUAGUGUAUUGUAUUUUGUAUGUAGUAAAUGGCCCUGGUAAUUUAUUUUUGUUAAGUUUCUAUGAAGGGAAUGCGCUGUAAGAAUGACUUAUCAGUCUUUGUAUUCUUUGUACAUGGGAGAAUUAUCAGUCUUUAUAUUCUUUGUACAUGGGAGAAUCUUAAGACUUCUCAGGUUGUAGCUCCAUAUAAUAUAUAUAUAUGAUACAUUACCAUCAUAUAAGCAUUUAAAAUGUUCUAACUUUUCAGUAUAUGUAAGUACCUAACAAUUCCAAUGCAAUUCUAUUUUAGUAUGAAUGAAAUAUUUUACAUUGCACAUUUACCUUGCAUUCUAUUUGAAGACUUUAAAAUUGUAAUAUUUGAGAUUAUAGAAAACCUAUGUAUUAUGAUAAUAUUGAAAACCUAUGUAUUAUGAUAAUAUAACCUUGGAGAUUGGUGUUGCUUUUAUAAUUAGUGUUUCUUCUCCAAUAACAUCUAGUGUAUCCACUCCAUGUUUAUAAAACAACUCAGAAAGGCAUUCCAUACAAAUUUAAUGCACUACCUGGUGUUCAGCCUGUUGUACAUUUCGGUAUAAAGUGUCAGAUGGUGGAAUGGAGAGAUCAUAGUCGUGUAUGUUUAUAUUUAUUUUCUUCCUGUGAGAUUAAGUUCAGAGUUGCUAAUCUCACCUGUAGUGACCAAAUAUCAGGAUAUGACCCUCAUAAACACUCGGUGAACCACAGGGACUUGUCACGAUCAAUGAACCACAGGAACUUAGCACAACUCCCAGACCCCGGUUCAAAUAUUUGUAUUGUACUGUAUAUGGACUUGUCACAAACUCCAAACCCAGUCUAGAUAUACCUGGUAUAUGAUGCAUAUACAAAAUGUAUCUGGACCAUGUGAAUUUGUGCCAAGUUCCUGUGGGUUGAACAGGUAUUUCAAAUGGUCAUUGAGUAAAAAUCCCUUCAACUUGUUUUAGAAACACAUCUACCACAUUUUCAUGUACAUGCAUGUUUUAUAAUAUUGUGCUUAUUUGAUAAUCAAUAUCCUGUGAAAACAUUGUCUUAUUAAUUUGGUACUCGGGUUUUAAUUUUGACAUUUUCUAUCUGAACUCAAUGAUGGAAAUAUGAUGUUAUUCCAUCAAAUGAAGAUUUGCCUAAUUUAUGCUGUAAAUGGGUAAAGGCGUUAUGGAAUCAGAAACACAUAAUAGUUUCCCUUGUGCAUAUAUGGAGCAUUAUUUGUCAGAAUUAUCAAAUAGCACAUCAGGUGUAAAUAUAAAUAUUCUAAAUUAGUACAUGUAUAUGAUAUAUUAGUACAUCUCUGAAAUUCGAGGUUUCCCUUUCACAAUAGUUAUCUUGUGAGAUUGAAGGUAAAAGUAACCCAUGGAAUUUUAAAUUACUAAAAACUCAAAAGUGUCAUCAGGAGUUAAACAAAUAGUUGACACGGUGACAUAGUUUCAGAUGUAUGUCCUAAGAACACAACUGCUGAGUACUGGAACACAAGAUGUCCUACAUAAAUGUAGAUGAUAGCAAGCCAAAUUCAUACAUGUAUUUCAUACAAAUUUUUUUUUUUUAUAUUGAAUGAUUUAAUUUUCAAUAUACUAUUAUGCCAAUUAUGAAUGCUGUGCUAGCUUUUGACACGAUGCAAACAUUUACAGUAUUUAUGACGGAUAUAUAUACACUAAAGCAAUGCAAUGAAUCAACAAAUCUCUUCAAAUCUUGCCUUUUUUGGCCAGUGACCAUGGUAACCUCAAAAAUGUUUCAAAUUAGAGAAGAUAGGAAUUUUUAAUCAAUGAUAUCUGGUUUUCAAUUGUUUUUAUUUAAAUACGUAAAAUUUCACAAUGAAUUAUGACAAUGAAAACAGUUAACCCUUUCUACCCCAAGAAACUUUAGUGGACUGUGCCAUUUAUUCAUCAAUUGAAGUCCAAUAUGGGUAGUAGGGGUGAAAGAGUUAAAAACAAAGGAGAUGACGAGAGAUUUACGUCUAUCACUGCUUCCGUGUCAAAUUAUAUACCAGUAGCUUUAGAUUAUUUCAUAUUCAGAUAUGAGUAACAUAUUGAUAAUUAUUCCUUUUUCAUUCUAAUUUGGAAAUAUGUUUCGUUAGUUUUAAGAUUAAGCUUUUGGACAAAUCGUGUUUGGGCUUUGUGGUCAGUUAAAUCUCUCAGUAGAUUUAUCACACUAAUAGGGUUUCUGUUAUUAAAUUUUAUCAGUAAUUAUGUGUAUACACCUACACAUAUUAGCUUGUGAUCAUCUUAAAUGUGGGCCAAGGAUUCAUUGUGUUGCCAUGUUAUAUCAUCCCAUGUUAAAAACAGGAUGAUUGUUUGGGAUAAUUUAUAAUCUUUUUCAAUAGGUUCUGCUUUUUCGGUUUUGGUUUACUACGCAAUAUUCGCUUGUUACAAUUUUUUGAUAUUUUUUUUUUUUUUCAAAAUUUGCUAUAUAUUUUCAAUAUCUGUUAUAAAAUAUAUUGAACAUUAACUUCAGUAAUGAGCUCAGUUGAUUGUUUUCUAUUCAAGUAAGCCAGAAUACACUGUACUUUUGUAAUACAAUUUAGUGGACCACAGCAAAACGAAAAACUAUACUUUCAUAUUUGCAGUUUUAAAAAUGCUACACUUCCAAGAGCAUAUACACUGCUUGCAACAAAAAUGCACAAAAUGAUACAUGCAGUGUAAAAAAUAUCCUAAUAAGUACCAAUAAAUGACUAAAAUACCAAAUGUAGAAUUUAUACAAUACAAAGAGAAGGUCAAACUCCUUAGAGGGUGGUAUUAUUAUCAUGAGGUAGUUUUGGUAUUGUAUAAGAUCAGCCAAUUCUUGUUUUCAAUGGAACAUAAUUACUCAUUAUUGGAAAUACAGCACAAUUUAAACAUACAUUUUAUUUUUGUGAAAGGAUGAUUUACUGUUUUAAGUUCUUACUGGUUUGUCUAUGUUGUUAGCCCUUUUAAAUUGAAAUACACAGUAAUAUGUGCCUUCUAUAUAAUAUAUUCAAAUUUGCAUAAUCAUAUUUCAUAUACAGUUUGUAUUUUGUUUGUUUUUUCAAAUUACGGUAUAUAUAAUUCUGAACAUAUUUAUUGUUUGUUGAUAAUAUAUUCUAUAUGAAAUCUGAAAUAUAAUUGAGCAUAUGAAAUAUAUAUACCAAAAUAACAGACAAAUUAUUGUUAACUCUUUUUGUGCCAUCAAUCGCUUGUUACAAUUAAUAUGAAGAAUUCGUGUAAAAUUUGUUGUUAAUUUGCCGAUUGUUACAGAUUUAAUAAAUAUAUUUAUUGGAGAUUUA